AUGGCGUGGCAACCAGAUCAGGACGGUUUACAGCAAAUUAUACAGCUUUUGAAGGAGAGUCAAAGCCCAAAUACUGAAGUACAAAGAGCAGUUCAACAAGUAUCCUUUACUGUACCAUAUAUAGUGUUUGCUUUGGUUUUCAUGCGGAAUUAGACGAGAUAUAGGACGUAACACAGUUGAAAGUUGGCGCGUCACACGUGCUCUCCGGUUGUGUUAACGUCGUUAUAUUUUUCUUGUAUUCCUUAACAUAUCUCUUUUUCAGAAACUUGAGUCUCUGAAUCAAUUCCCUGAUUUCAACAAUUACCUGAUAUUCGUUCUUACGAAGUUGAAGAGCGAAGGUUAGUGUGUUUCACGGGAUGUAAGCUAGAUGUGUUUUUCAGCUCAGUUCCGGUUGCCGCUCGAUUAAUCUAAAUCUCAGUAAUUUUCUAGCCAAUCUAAGUUUCAAAUCAAUUUGUGAAACCUUCAUUAUAUCUCUUUUUUAUUUCAGAUGAACCAACUCGUUCACUUUCGGGUUUGAUUCUCAAGAACAACGUUAAAUCUCAUUAUCACACUUUCCCUGACCAAGUGAAAGAAUUUAUCAAGUCAGAAUGCCUCGAGGCCAUUGGGGAUCCUUCACCUCUCAUACGAGCUACGAUUGGUAUCUUGAUCACAACUAUAGCGGCGAAAGGCGAUCUGACAAACUGGCCUCAACUAUUGCCAACGUUGUGCCAGUUGUUAGACAGCGAGGAUUAUAAUGUCUGUGAGGUGAGCAUUGAUUCUCCAUAAGAUCUAGAGCUGGCAAAUUUCCAGUGCUAAAUUUUUAGAAACUUAUAUAGUGUAUGUGUAUAUUUUUGAACUUUUUUAUCGAUGAAUCAAAUUUUUUAGGUGUCAUUUUAGCAGAGGAGUGUUAAUAACAUAUCGGGUAGUGACAGAUUAUCUGUGAUAUCAUCGCUAAUUUAUUUUGAUUUAUUAUUUCAAAUUAUUUUUAGUAUUGACAGGCUUAUGUAAUACAAGUGUUUGGAUUUUUAAUCUAUUAAAUAUACACCUGCAGUGUGCAUUGUAUAGUAGUAAUUGCAAGUACCUGUUAAUUUUUUAACUCUGGGAGGUUGUAACUUGCUAAUCAUGACUCAGCCACUUAGCCUAUUUGCAGAUUAUGGCAGUUAUAUGUGCAAUUUUUUCCUUUCAUACCAUAAAUUUCACACAGCAGAAUCACAUUUGAAUGCACAAGAUCUCAAUGAGUUUUGCUAUACCCUGCAGGCUGGGUGGUUGGGUUGCACACACAGUUAUUCUUGAAUUUUUUUUAACCACAAAUUAAAUUUUAAAAAACCCACAUGUGUGAGUUUGAGAUGUUCAUACUUUAUUGGAAACUAUACCAGUUUUAGUACCAUAUUUCUAGUCAUGUUAUUCUUUGUUACAUUUCAUUAAAGGCUGUAAUGCUACAAUCUGCUUAUCAAAGAUUCAGACAUUAGAAAAAUCAGAUAACAAGAAUAAUGUUUGAGUUACAUUCAGGGACCCUUUUGGCUAAACAAUACCCAGGUGUUAUCUCCUAAUCAUGUUAAAAUAGAAGGGUGGAUAAGGUUGACCUAUUAUUGUUAAGGAAAUGGCAGCAAUGAAAAAUUGUAAAGUAACAAAGAAUUAUCCCUUGUGAAAUUGUGAAACAAGAAAGAAGUAGUUCGGAUUAUGGAAAUUUGUCAGAGAAUUUUCUGACUCUGAGUUUAGCCUUCACUAUUCCAGUUCUUAAAGGGGGUUGAACUCCUAUCUUUAACUACAUGUGAGGGAGUGUGAGGUUACAAGCUGUAAUGGUUUUUAUUAGGUAUCCUUGCCAAUGAUCUUUUUUUGUUUCUUCAUCAAUUGUUAUAUCUAGCAGUAAUAUAUAAUGGCAAAUAAAAUAUAAAUGAAUAUUGGAAGAAAGCAUGGGUUCAUGCACAAUGGUCAGAUAGAUAAGUGGUUAAUUCUCUGUUAAUUUUUUUUUUGCAGGGAGCUUUUGGAGCUCUGCAAAAGAUCUGUGAGGACUCUGCUGAGCAACUUGACAGUGAUGCCCUUAAUAGACCCCUCAUUGUACUGAUCCCAAAGUUUUUGCAAUUCUUCCGCCAUGCAAGCCCAAAAAUAAGGUAAAAAGACAUUUAUGUUUGCUAUACAUAUAGCUGUCAUCUACCAAGCUUUACAGGGAAAAGCUAAUAUUCUUUUUCAAUUUCCUUGUAGGUCUCAUGCUAUUGCUUGUGUAAAUCAGUUUAUUGUUACACGAACACAGGCCCUUAUGGUUCACAUAGGCACAUUUAUUGAGGUAGGACUGUCACAGUUUUACAUUGAAUAUAGUUUUACAAAUAUUCAUGUGUGGUCAUGUAGCUUUUCCACAGUAGAUCUACAAGUUAUGUUUCCCUCUUAGUUUUCCCUCUUAGCUUUUAGUUUUAUACAGUUUAUAAAUAAUAUUGAAAUUGUAAGAUAGCAUAUUUUUAUUUCAUUUUAGCUUUUUUCUCAAAGAUAUUAGCUUGGCAGCUACACUGAAUUUCGAGCUUAAAUUAAGUAUAUGUAUGUAUGUUUGUAUAAUAAUUAUUUACCAUAGACAUGCAUUUGUGUUGUAUCUGAAAGACGUGCAAACAAAUGAAUCUCUCUGUUAAGACAAUUAUUCUUAAAAAAAAUAAGUUCUUGAAACAUCAAAUACUGGAACCUGUCUUUUGAUUUUAGGUACUGUUGAGUAAUUCUGAUCAUAAUAUUUAUAUGGUCAGGUUGAUCUACUGAUGUACAUUAUAGGCUGAGUAAAUCCCUUUAAGAAUUUACAUAGAAAGCUUCACUUGUAUGUAUAAAUGAAAUGGAUUUACCACCAUUGCUGAUACAAAAGUAUUUAUCUAUGAAAAAUCUUUUGUUUCUAUAGAAUCUGUUUGCCCUUGCGGGAGAUGAAGACCCAGAAGUAAGAAAGAAUGUGUGCAGAGCCCUUGUUAUGCUUUUGGAAGUCAGAGCAGACCAAUUAAUUCCACAUAUGAAUAACAUUGUAGAGGUCAGUAUUUGAUAAAUAUAAUUACUCUAAAAGUAAGUUUGAUGUCCUUAAGGAGUAUAUAUUGUAUCUUAGCUGACAAGAGACAGAUGUAAUGUGGGGUGAAAUACUUUUUAUAUGUACAUUUUUAUAGUACAUGCUGAUGAGGACACAAGACAAAGAUGAGAAUGUAUCACUUGAAGCUUGUGAGUUUUGGCUGACACUGGCAGAGCAACCUAUCUGUAAAGAGGCUCUCAGCCCACACCUUCAUAGGUACAUCAACAAGCAUUUUAACAUAUUUUUUUUGCAACCUGGUAGUCUAUGUAACAGUACAUACAAAUGCUCUCACAGGAAUGACAUGUGACCUGUGCUGUUAGUGCCCAAAUUGGGCAGCUGAUAACCAAUUAUGUUUAAGUAUUUCAUUUUAGUCCCAACAGUGAAACAUUUUUGUCUCGCAAUUGAUACUCUUAGUAUUUGAGGGGUGUGUUGCCAUUGCCUAUCCUUAACUGUACUUAUGAUUUUCUCUGAUUCAUGUACCUCCCUGGUGUGACCCAAGGUUCAAUUGUAUUGUGCAGAGGUGGAGGUUUUCACACACCUCGUGUUUAUAGAAAGCUUGAAGUGAGAAACUUAGAGAAAUUGACGAUGAUUUGUCCAUGAUUUUUAGUGAAAUAAAUUUGCUUUAAGAACUGUGCUCUUGUCAAAUUGCAGGCUGGUACCAAUAUUGGUAAAUGGUAUGAGGUAUUCAGAGAUUGACCUGAUUCUUCUGAAGGUGAGUGGUUUUUGUUUGCGUGAUUUAUUUGCCCUCAUGUACUUCCUUAUCUGUUCAUUUGAUGUACUAAAUGAGGAAUCUAUAGACAUCUGUUCAUUUUAUUACCUUCUUCAGGCUGAUAAUGAAGAUGACGAGUCUGUUCCAGACAGUGAGCAGGACAUCAGACCAAGAUUUCAUAAGUCCAAGACUCACAGUCAGCAGCAUGAAGCAGAUGGAGAAAUUGAUGUAAGAUCGUGGUCAAUGUGGAGCACUCUCUUCCUGAAAUAAUAAUAAUAAUGAUAAUGAUAGUAAUAACACUUAAUUUACUGAGGGUAACACUAAACAGUUACAAUCUGAUGGACUUGUGGCCCUCAAAUUCAAACAAAUUGAAAGUAAACAUUGUAAAUAAGCAUAAACAAAGUGUUUAAGAACCCUAACUGGCAGGAGGUGGAUCAGUUGGCUAUAUACAAAGGGAAGUGUGGAGUUUGGGACAACCAAAACCAAAUCCAGUGAGUAGCUUGAACCUAGGACCACCAGAAAACAAGACCAGCACCCUAGCACUGCCUCAGUAGAUGUACUAAUUUGGACAAUAAUCUCAUCAAGAAGGUUUUAUGUUCAAGCUUUCAAACUCUAAAUUAAGUCCUUAUCUCUUUCAAGAGCCAACUAACCCAGAGUAUUGGCAAUGAAAGACCAUCCUUUCUCUAUUCAUUUUUCUUAAGUUGCACUACAUUGUUUUUUUCCAGGGGGACAGUGAUGGAGAUGAUGAUGAUAUGGAUGAUGAUACCCUCUCAGACUGGAACUUGCGUAAGUGGUUUGGAAUUGAUAACACCUACAGUGUGUUGUUGUGUAUGUUUUUUUCAUUGGUGAAUAACACAUAAAUAAAUAUUUUUUCGAUUUUUUUUUUUUAGGGAAAUGCUCUGCAGCUGCCUUGGAUGUUCUUGCCAAUGUGUUCCGUGAUGAUCUUUUACCAGUUCUUCUUCCAAUCUUGAAGGAAACACUCUUCCAUCCAGACUGGGAAGCUAAAGAGUCUGGAAUCCUUGUUUUGGGAGCCAUUGCAGAAGGUUACUUGAUGUGAUUAACAAUAUGUUACAACUGAAUGCAUUAUGAGCUGUUAGACCAUUACAUGAAAUAUUUUACAGUAGCACUCUUUUCACCUGUUCAUUCUCAAGAUCUAAAUUUCCUGUUUCUUUAUUUGUUUCUUGAAGCUGUUACAUGAAAAUACGCUGAUAGAAACUGUGCAUGCUGAUAAAAGAUUCUGUUUAUUCUAUAGGUUGUAUAACUGGUAUCUCUCCUCACCUGCCAGAACUAAUUCCUUUCCUGAUAAACUCGCUUUCUGAGAAAAGGGUGAGUGAGAAUUAAAUUAUCAUGCACUGGUACCAAGGAACAUAAAUUGCAAUGUAUACAUUACCUGUUGAUCUGGCUUUGUUUAGGCACUGGUGCGCUCUAUCACGUGCUGGACCCUGAGUCGUUAUGCACACUGGGUUGUCAGUCAGCCUCAUGAAGCAUACCUUCAACGUCUCAUGACAGAGGUAUGUAGGUGCUACAUUUUGAUUUCAGUGACAAUAGUGAAGUAUUUCUGCUAAUAGGGCACUGCAUGGUUGCAUUUUUUGUAGCUCUAAUUAUUCUGCAAAAUUCUUCAACUUUAGCUCCUUAAACGGAUCUUGGAUAGUAACAAGAGGGUUCAGGAGGCAGCGUGCAGGUACCACCAUUCUUUCUAAUUGUCAUAUUGUCCUCAUUGGCAUUGCAUUUUUAAGAAAACUUUUGAGACAAUGCUCCUCAACAAGAGCUUUAUAGUAUUUAGAAUAGUUCUUGUCUUUUGAAACUGUGCUACAUACAUGUAGGACAUGCACUUGCUGUUAGGUAAUAAUAGGCAUAGCCUUGUCAUGCAUGGUGCACCAAAACAGUUUGAUAAUAUUUGAACAAUAAAAGCCAAGUCAGUUGAUAUUAGUGAUAUCCUGUGCAUUCCCAAAACUGAACUCUUAUAUCACACAUACAAAGUUAUGAAAUAAUAGUCAUUUGGUUUUCUCAAGAUCUGCUGUCUCAGACCACUGGAAAGGAGCUGUUCCAAGAAUAUCUAAGAUAUUUUUAUGCUGACACUUGCAUUUCCUCUCUUUUUCCAAACACAACUGAUGUGGAAUUCUAUAUACUCAGUUGAUGGCUAAGUGUCCAUGAGCACUGAUGUGCAAAAGUGUUACUAUUUUUCUUUUUUUCAUUCACUGUGCAUAUUUACAGUAUAAUUUAGUUGUGAUCUGACUUUUUCGUAGUGCCUUUGCCACACUGGAGGAAGAAGCUUGCACUGAACUUGUUCCAUAUCUUAGCUUCAUUCUAGAGACACUGGUCUUUGCUUUCAACAAGUAUCAGGUUUGUUGCAGCUGAAGCUAACCCCCUCCCUCCCUCUUCCCCCAAGAAAAGAAAAGGAAAAAAAUAUAAAGCAGUAUUUCAGUGAUUAUUAGUAGGCUUUUAAUUGAGUUAUAUGGCAUUAAGAAGUGGAGGACCAAACAAGUUGUUGUUGUUUUGUUAUUUUAAAUGUGAUUGUAGAGUACAAUACUUUCACAAAGUGUCCAUGUAUCCUCAGGAACAAUAAUUAAAUUGAAAGGUGUUUCAUCUUCUUUGUUUUUUUUUUUUUUUUACUAGGCCUCCCUUUACUUCUGAUUUAACAGUCUCUUUUUUUUUUCAUGAAAAAUGCAGUAAUGUUAAACCUUUCUUCUUUUGUUUUGUAGCACAAAAACCUUCUUAUACUGUAUGAUGCUAUUGGGACACUAGCUGACUCAGUGGGUCACCACCUCAACAAGCCUGAGUUUAUCAAUAUGUUGAUGCCACCUCUUAUUCAGAAGUGGAACCAGCUGAAAGAUGAGGACAAAGACCUUUUUCCACUGUUAGAGUGUUUGUCCUCUGUAGCCACAGCCUUACGUUCUGGCUUUUUUCCAUACGCUGAACCUGUCUUUCAGAGAUGUGUGUCAUUAGUGGAACAAACUUUAACUCAAAGUGUGGUAGGUAUCUUUGUAGAACUUAAGAACAAAAAUAGAUUACCAUAUCCUGCCAUUGUCCUGAAUGUAACUGUUUUCUGCAGGCUUCUCAAACUCAUCCAGAGCAGUUUGAACCUCCAGACAAGGAUUUCAUGAUUGUUGCCCUAGAUCUUCUGAGUGGAUUGGCUGAGGGACUGGAGGGGCAAAUUGAACAGUUUAUAAUUAGGAGCAACACAAUGACCCUUCUUUUCCAGUGUAUGCAGGUAUGUCAAUGAAUGAACAUGUCGAUGUACAGGGUGUACGUAAAUGCCUAAGGUUUUCAUUGACGUAGAAAAAGUUGCAGUACGUGUUUUCAUUGAAAGCGAACUGAAAAUUCUUUGCUUGGGGUUCUUUCUACACAUUGUACACUGUGUAGUUUGAAUGGUCUUAAGAGUUUUACUGUUUCUUUCUCUAGGACAAAAUGCCUGAAGUGAGACAAAGUUCUUUUGCACUGCUGGGGGACUUGACAAAAGCUUGCUUCCAACAUGUCAAACCCUGCAUUGGUACGUAUACCUGUAUCUUUUUUCAAUAUGGUCAUACCUUCGGCAUUUUCUCCACUUCUUCUUUUUAUUUGUAUUUAUUAUUGAUAUGUCAAGGCAAAAGCUGGUCUUUGUCAUCUUAAACUUGAUAAUGUUGUCAUAUUGUAGGUGACUUCCUACCGAUCUUAGGCCAGAAUCUCAAUCCAGAAUUUAUCUCAGUUUGUAACAAUGCUACCUGGGCUAUUGGAGAAAUAUCUGUGCAGCUUGGUAAGAUACACAUAUUUUUGACUGGUAUUUGCAUGUAUACUGAAUUAUCUGUUGUUUACUUCCAUGUUCAUUUUUUCAUUUUUCUGCCUGUAUAUACUGCACUUGAGUGUUGUUUGCUCAUCUAUUCCUCCUUCCUUUUUUCCAUUUGCUCUAUCCCAUGACUUUCUGUUUUUUUUCUUAUAUCUGAAUUGCUCUCCUUUUCUUCCCCAACCAUUUUCCUCUAUCCAUUCAUGAAGUCAUCGUUUCCUUUGUCACUAUAAGCACCUGAAUCUUCAUUUUCUUUUUUGAUAGGAUCAGAUAUGAAGCAGUAUAUCAACUUGGUUCUACAGCAACUCAUUACCAUCAUUAACAGACCUCAUACUCCAAAGACACUGCAAGAAAACACAGGUUAUUAUUGUUCCUAUUGCAGAGUCUUAGUAACUUAAAUUGUCGGGUUUAACCCUUCACUCCCAGAAGUGACCAAAAAUGAAUUUCUUCUGACAAUAUUAAGUCAUUUUCCAACAGAGGGGGUGACGAGAAGUGGAGGAAAAACUGUUAUCUAAAGGACGUUGUGUAACUUAACAACAAAUUCUUAGAUAUAAAAUAACUAUAAAAGAAUAUAUGACAAUAUCAAGAUCCAGGGAAUGAAAGGGGUAAUAGUUAAUUUCUUGGUGCUUAGCUCUGGUCUUUCCAUCUCCUCCUCAUCUUCACUUCUUUCUUAACAUAAGCCCUUCAGCUCAAGUGAGCUAAUACAUGGAACAUUAUUAUAAAGAAGUGCCCAACUAAUGGUGGGUGGGUUGUCUGUAGCCCUGUACACUAACACCAAACUGUGCAUUUUUUGUAUUUUAUUGACAAUUAAAGUUGUAUUUAACCUUUGGUGUUAAAAUAAAUUUGUGUUUCCCUGUGGAGUUCAUACAACUGUUAGUUGUUGUUAACCAUACAUGUUCCUGGAAGAUUAUGCACACACUGUACAAUGCAUGAAUGACAUGUAAAAGCAGCUUUUCGAGAAAGCUCCUUGGUGUUUUACUGUCAUCAUUUGUCCUUUAAGUGGCUAUUAAUCUGUUGUCUAUACAGGUGUAUGUUGCAAAAUGUGUGUCACAAUACAAUCUUUUUUUCUUGGAACACUCACAGAGUCAUUGAUUCACUAAGCUAAUAAUGCAGCCACUGCAUUGAUGUUUGUGUAGCGUUGUUCUGAUGGCAUGAAUUUGUUUCUUUUCCUGUUAAUGAUUGUGUUUUUAGCAAUCACAAUCGGUCGUCUGGGUUUAGUUUGUCCGCAAGAGGUGGCACCUUUGUUACCGCAGUUUAUUCAGAAGUGGUGUGUAUUGGUGUUUCUUUUUAUUUACAUGUUGUUUUUGUGUUUGUUUGUUUGUUUUUUUUUGUGGAAUUUGAAUGUUCUCAGUCAUAAAUUUUAUGUGCGGUGUUUGUACAUGUAUGUACUGCAAGAUUUAGUAUGAUGCAGUUGUACUCUUUGUUGUGGUCUAUGUACAUUGCAUUAAUUGAACAUUAACAAGUUUAACUAGCAGCCUGUUCGAUAAAUGUGCCAUUUUGUUUUAAAUGGUUUUGUCCCUCUUCCAAAGUCUUGUAGUAUUGAUAGAUAUGUUUAUUCUAUAACAAACCACUAGGUUUAGAGUGCCUUUUGGCAAGAGUAUUUCAAAGCCAAGUGAAAACAGUACCAUAGAUAGAUUGUGAACGUUUCUUUCUAGGUUUCUAAAUGAUCUAGUAUUUUUCAAUUUUUUUGCCACAAAGAUAAUAACAGCUAUUAGUCUAUAGAAUCAAGUGAUAUUAUAUAUGAUUUUCUUAAGACUGGUCAUGUGAAGACAACUACUUUGAAUCUCCUCUGGGAAGGUUUUCAUGUCUUUGUAAAUAAAGUUGAAAAAAAAGCAGUUCCAAGGUUACAUAGGAAUGAAACUCUCCAAACAAAUUACAAAGGAGUGAAACUUUCCUGUGUUACAUAUCCAAAUGAUAUUUUGUGUAAGUAGUCAUGCACUGUUGAUCUUCUAUACUGUCAUUUUUCAGGUGUACUUCAUUGCGGAAUAUACGAGACAAUGAGGAAAAAGACUCUGCCUUCAGAGGUAUCUGUAACAUGAUUGGUAUUAACCCUGGUGGAGUUGUUCAGGUGAGGGCAUUAUACAUCUUAUCUUAUCUGUACUUGCAUUGUGUUGAAUUGGGCUGCUACAAUAGUACCUUUAUAUCUUUUUAUGAAGCAAAUUUUUUUCUGUUUUAGGAUUUCAUAUUCUUUUGUGAUGCUGUAGCAUCAUGGGUCAACCCUGGACCAGACCUAAAGGAUAUGUUCCUUAAGGUGAGUUCCCUUUGGAUUUUUCAGGGUGGCUUGUUUUGCCAUGUGCUUUGCCUUUAACUUUUCUCCACUAUCACCUUGAUUUGUAGAUCCUUCAUGGCUUUAAAAACCAGGUUGGUGAGGAAAACUGGAAACGAUUUUCCAGUCAGUUUCCUGCAGCUCUGCGAGAGCGCCUAUCCACCAACUAUGGAGUUUGAGGAGAUGCUGCGGCAGUCAGGGUGAGUGUAAUGAAACCACUGAUCUCUUUCAAAUAUGGCAGACUUAAAUAACACAGUCACCCAUUACAUUGAAUAUUUUAUUUGUACAUGCACUUGUAGUUCUUGGAUGAUUCGUUAACUCCAUAGAAUGAGUAAACUGUUAGUUAGACUUUCUAAGGGGAACAAACUUCAUGUAUAUCGCACAGAAAAAGUUCAUGAACCUAAGAAUGACAUGCAUGUACAUGUAGUGUAAGCUCUUUGAAAAAAGAGACAAUGUACACUAAAUAGGAUUGCAAUCUCUUAUUGUAAAUGAAAUGAAAUAGAUGGCCUUGUUUACUACAAAAUUUUUCAUUGGAAUUUUUUUUUGAAAGUGUACAUUUAUUUUUCAGGUGGUAUAAGAAUAGAGGGCUGUGUAGUCCUUGCUCAGAUCAAGUAACAGUGUCCUAAGUCCAUGUCCGUCAUUGUCCUUGUUCCCGUACAAGUCUGUGUGAAUAGCUAAUGGAUGUUUCAAUGGGGGGACAGUGUUCUCAUUUAGUGAUGAACUUCCCACAAAUGUAUGAAUGUCAGUGAUAAUGCUGGGAGGUGCCUGACUUUUGUGUCAAACCGAAUUGAUCAAUUUAAGUUCAUGUAAUAAUUGGACGUGUGCUUGUGUUGCUAUCAUGUGCGUCCUUGUUGUCAGUGACUAACAUUUGUCAUGUCAAGUGCUGCAAUGUGGCAGUGUCAUUGGAAGGCUUUCAUUUAAUUGUCCUGUGUUGAAAAGACCUGCUGGAAUCAAGUCAACCUUAUUGGUGCAUAGUUGUCUACCACCUAUAAAGCGUAUUUACAUUUCUCUGUUAGCUAUGCAAAGAUACCUUUACCCCAAUGAUCAAUAUUUCUCUUAGCUCUAUGUUAUAGUACCUACAUCUGAUAGCUAAACUUUUUAUAUGUAAAUGACAUCAAUUCACUCUCUUUUCUCUUUCACAUACUUCAUUUUUAACUGAUCUGUAUAAUGUUGUGUACAAUAAUAUACAAUGUAUAAAUAGUGUGAAGCAGAAACCUUGAUAACAGAUAUAUAAACCCUAACAAGAAUGUAUAACAAAUUUUUGAAACUCUAAUAGUGUUAACUUGAAUGAUGCCAGUGCGAGGCUUAGUAUGGUACCACCAACGGCAGGUCUGUGGUGUGGCAAGAUUUAAUUGUUUUGAACAGUUUCUGCUGGACAGAUACUUUGAACAGUGGAAGAGUUGACUUAUGCAUAACGACAUUGGAAAAGUCUUUUAAUUCCCUUUUGAUGUACACGUAAUCUGCCAUAAUAGCUAAGUUUACUCUCUUUCAAAUAUUAAACUUGUGGGAAGGGAAAAAAAAACAGGAAUGAUUUAACUGAAACCUAAUUAGUUCUCUCUAAAUAUCUUGUAUUUUUUCCUUUGCUGAUAAUGAUUCAUUGGGGUAGUCUUUGCAUUGAUUUUGUGCUUGCCAGUCUAAAAAUCUAGCACACUUAUGUGUACCCAGAACUUCUAUUGUUACAGUAAGUUAAAAUUGGAUAAGUUACACUGGACAGAUAUGUGAAAAAAAUAUGCACCAAGUAAAGCAAUCAAGUAAUCUCCUGAGUCUUUUCUUAUGGUUUAUCAAAGUAAGUACUGAAAAUUCUGGCAUGGUUUUCUUUUUAAAAUGAAAACCAAAGUGCUAAUAUUUCAAUCUCUCCUGAAGAUGACAGAUCCUGUAGUGUUUUUCCAGACAAAUUGAUAGUUUAAUGUUUUAGGAUGUUAUUUUAUUGCAUUUGGCAAUAUAUAUAUAUUUUAAUUAUCAGAGGAAGAAAUUUUAGGAAGUUAAAUGUUUUAUAGUUUUGUAUAAGGUUGUAGUAACAAAAUUAAUGCUUAACAGUAUUAAAUUAAUAUAGAUUUGAAUUCAGUUUAAGCUACAGUGUAAAAUGAAAGACAAGCCCUUUGAUCAAUUUGCAAUUUCUUUCAUGUGAUCUCUGCGAAUUUCUUGUUCUAGUGGUGGGUAGAAUGUCCUUGUCUAUCAUGCUACAAUUAUAGUUUUCCUCCAUAAAUCCUGAAUUUUAUUGUGUGCUGCUUUCUUGUCUUCUGUGUAAAAUUUUGUGAGAAAUUGCCAAUUGAUCAAUGUUGUUCAAGUCUCAAUUUGUCAAUAGCUGUGUAAAAUGUUUGUAAUCAGUAUUCAGUUGUAAUAUUCUGGUAUACUAAUGCUUAAAUUUUAAAGAAUUCAAUUUCCAUUCUUGAAAACUUGACAAGUGGCUGAAAAGGAUGGUUUAAGUGGUAACUUGUCCAGAAUUUUUUUCCCCAAUUAUGAGCCCACUCUUCUAUAAUAAUAUUGAUAAAGCAUGCACAGUGUAAGUCAGAAAUGAUAGUACUAUCAACUCAACAUAAACUUACUUGAAAUUUCAUCUGGAGUAGCCAUAACAGUUGGUCAACCCAUGCAGCUUUUGCAUGUGCAUAUCUUUGUAAAAGUAACUUGUCAUGUACGACAAAACUAAAUCUUGCCAAAUUCUGAAUUACCCCAGGUUUUCCUGAGAAUUUUUGCCAUAAAGUUUCUUAUUUUGCCCUCAUUUUCAGAUUGUUUUUUAUUUCUUGCCAUCUCUUCAGCCAUUUUUCUCGUUUUCAGUGUCCAGACAUAUAGAUAUUUAUUUAUUUUGUAUGUGGAAAACAAGUUUCAAGAUGUGCACAGUUUAAUUUUUCUAAAUAAUAUCAAGUAUUAGUCUGGUGUUUUAGACAUUUAAUGAAUCUUGCCUACAAUUUGAACUAACAACUUCAUCUAACAACAGCUUUUGUGUAAGAAUGCAUCUGAGACUUAGUGUAAUAAUUUGUGAUGUUUGUGACUAGUAUUUUUAUUGCAAGGCAAACAACAAACUUGUGUAAAUGUUAAAAAUUGAAGUUAUUCUUCUAUCUUGCCAGUUCAAUGGAUAAUGAUGCAGUACACAUAAGUGUUGACCAAGUUUUCAAAGUAACAGUAAUAAUAUUAACAUUAAAUUAAUAUUUAAGUUGAUUAAGUUAAUAGUACUUGUCAAAUGGGAUAAUGCUUAGGCGUAUGUAACUAUACUUAAUGUAAGAUCAUUAUCUCUAAGAACCUUUGAGUGACAAAUCAAAUGCAUUUAACCCUUAAACUCCCAAGAUCUGGUAGUUAAUUCUCCCCUCUAGCUUUUGCACAUUUCCUUCUUUAUAAGUUAGGAGAAUUUAAUGUUAUAUAAAGAUAACUUCUUGAUAAGUUUCAAUUUUCUCUUUACCUGGUUGCUGGUUAAUGCAUGGCAUUGUAAAGAGAAGCUAGAUGCUAAUCAAUUCUGGGAGUUAAAAGGUUGGAAAUGUUACAUGUGGCAAACUUUUACAUCUGGAUUUAUGUGUGCAUGUAAAUUUUUUGGAUGGUAAACAAAUGUUCUGAAUUAAUUUUAAAAUUCUCAUGGUUUUGGGGAAGGAACCUCCCAGUGAGACAAGUCGAAGUAGGAAUCAAUUAAUUAUUACAGAUUUACUUUAAGAAAUUAAUGUUAGCUCACUAACUUACAUGUAGUAGCUAAGUGAGGAAUUAAGGGGUGGUAUAGAAGUCUCUCUAUCUCACUGCUGCCACAGUGUUUAACAAUUGUGCACGCAUAGUGUUUUGAACUACUUUUUGUGUCUGCUAGUCAUGGUUAUGAAGUAAGACUGAGUAGAAGUUUUGAAUUGCCACUAGUAGCAUGAAUUAUUUAUUUCACGGUAAAAUAGCCCAAUAUACUGUAUUUGUGACAAAACUUAAACCUAAUAUUCCCACAAGCUUAACCCUUUAACUCUUAAGAUCUGGCUGGCAAUUCUCCCCAAUAGCUGCUGCACAUUUCCCUAUUAAUUAGUUGCGAGAGUUUUAUCUUAGAUCAAGAUAACAACUUGUACCUGACAAGUUUGAGUAUUGUCAUUACCUGUUUGCUGGAUGAUAUAUGGAUAUUUUAGGGAGAAGUUAUAUGUUGAUCACUUGUGGGAGUUAAAGACUUGACACCAAUUCCCCCACUGUCUUCCUUACGUGUCUUAUCCCCUUGUUGAUAUUUCACUAUCUUCUCACAAUUUUCGUGGUGGCUAUUAAUUUGAUAUUUAAAGGAAAAACUACCUUUCAGUUACUCCCGGCUUUUUGAAAAGGUUUAUGUAAUUCUUUAUGCUCUAAUUCCCAAAGGUUUCUUGCACUUUAUCUUGCAAACAAGUUAUCCAAAUUUGCAAAUAUUCAACCCUUCACACCUUCUCAUUGAUAUACAUAUUGUCCAUACUGUUCUCUAUGCAUUUAGCAAGGUGCCGACGAGGAAAAUUUGUUUAACAAUCAAAAGCUGUUAUAAGGGAUCAUCUCCUUCAAUCUCGUGACCUUAAUAUGGUUUAGGGAUGAUAUUGUAAAGAAAUGUUAGAUGCCAGUCACUAUUUUAAGGGUUAAAGGGCAAGAGAAUGUGUAGCAGCUGGAAGGCAGAGUUUCAUAUCUGAUAAUACGAGUUUCGGUGUUAAUUUGUCUAUAUUAGGUUUAACAUCUUGGUUUUUCACUUAAAUAUCUGGUGCAGAUCUUAGAUUUAUUUUAAGAUUCGAAGGCUAUGCGCUCACGAUUGUUAUGUAGAUAGCUUCUGUUUCUCCCCCAAACCAGCUGGUCUGUGUUUGUUGUGCCGUAAGGAACUUCAGUGAUGUGCUUCUGAAUAUUUUUGUCAUCAUUGUUAUUGUUGGUUCGAUGCAUGACAUAGCCAAAUGUUAUUUGUCUUUAUUUAAUUUAAUUAAAAAGAUUACAAUUAAUUGAUGGCGUUUAAAAUUGUCCGCGGAAAUAUUUGUCGAUAAUUUUCGGCCUGCAUGUUCUGGGAAGAUACAUGUUGUAAUAAAUGUCAAGUUUUAU